GCCUGAGAUUUUUAGACAACACUACUGGAACUGACUUUCAACUAUUUUUUUCCCCCUGAGACUGGGGCCUUGCUAUGUCACCCAGGUUGGCAACUUCUGGGCUUAAGAAACCUCUAGCCUCAGCCUCCUGGGACUAUAGGAGGAAUACACAGCACCCAGCUUCUAAGUACCAUUUUCAUAUGACAAGAAUACCUUCCAUCUACCGGAUGGCGGGAAUAGAAAGUUUGAAAAAUUAAGUGCCUAAGACUUCAGAUAACUCAGAUGACAUACAUGCAAUAGCAUUCCAUUUCGAAUUUAUUCAGCCCAAUCUCUUGCACCUAAUUAUCCAAGACACAGAAAUUCUCCAAAUUUUGCACCCAAAAAAGGGAGGGAAAAUGCAAGAGUCUUGCUGCAGUUCCCGGGACAUACUGAGAGCCGUUUUGUUACAAGUGUAUCCAAUGUCCCCAGCACCAGAGACUUGUGGGGCGCCGCUUAUCCCUGCUCCACUCGCUCUGCAGCUCCCAGAGGUGGCGGUUGUGUUAUGAAGGCAGACCUUGCCAAGCUGGCGGACAAGAUGCUGCGCACCCCGAAAUGCUCGAGGUGCCGGAACCAUGGUUUCCUGGUGCCGGUCAAGGGCCAUGCGGGCAAGUGCCGUUGGAAGCAGUGCACCUGCGAGAAGUGCUACCUGAUCACCGAGCGCCAGAAGAUCAUGGCUGCUCAGAAGGUGCUCAAGAAGCAGGCCGCCGAGGGGGAGCAGGAGGCGGCCCUGAGCCCGAAGGGUCCUCAGUUGGCCUCCGGGGCUGCAGCUGCAGCCGUGGGUUCUGGCCUCCGCUCGCUGCCUCCACUAGCUGUUUCUGGAGGCGCGGGGCCGGGCCCCGAAGGCCACGCGGCCACCUGCUUCCCAGAGAGGCCUCCGCAAGGCCCGAGCGCCUUCCAGCCGGUGCUGGGUGGCCGCGGCCGCGGCCACGUGGGGCUGCCCAGCUGUGCACCGCCCCAGCUCCGGGCCGAGGCCGCAGGCAGGGCGUGCCCAGGCCGCCCGGAGCUGCGUCGGCCGCUGAGGCCUCUGCCCAGCCCGCCGUUCGCCGACUUCGGGCGCCCUUUGAGCAUCAACUCGGAUUGUGUGGUAGGGGCUGAGUACCUGGAGCGAGAGCCUUCCAAGCUGUACCCUGGAUGCUCCACCAUGCACUCCUAUCUCCCAUUCCCACUGGGCUACCAGGAUGCAUCCCUAGCCCCAGGAAUCCCCCCACAACGGGGCUUCCGGCAUGUCUCCUGCAGCCAUUACCAUGGAGGUGGCUUGGUGUCGGAACCAAUGGGAGACUUCCAGCCAAGCUACUACCUGCCCCCUCCACCACCCCCACCUCCACCUCCGCCUCAGCUGCAGUUCCUCCCACCAGGCUUCCUCUCUGCGCUGCACUUCCUCCCACCUCCACCUCCACCACCGCCACCACCAACCUUCUCACUUACCCUCCUUUCUGAUACCGACAAGGAGAGCACUGAUGACCAGGAUGCAGAGGUACCUUGUGAGCCCAGUCAGCCCUCGUCUCAGGAGCAGUCUGACUAAGCCGCAGGCCACUCUCCAGACCAGCAGGGGGUGUCAGGGGUGUGCCAGCAAUGAUUUUCUUGUCUGUUUUCAGUGUCGUUUAGGGAGGAAGGGUCUCGAUCACUGUAAGGUGGCAGCUAAUUUCCAUUUGAAGACAGGAGGAAGGAGAAUGAUUUCUAAUGUUCUCUUGAUCCUGAGCUGUGGGGUUGACGAGGGUUGUGGAGGAGGUUAUUGACGGGAGGCUCGGGCUCUGAGGAGUAGGGGCAGGGAAGCUCAUGUUUAGGAAUGAAUUUAACCGUCCUGGGUUGUGUUGUUUAUCGUGUCAUCCCCAGGUGCGGCCUUUGAUUUCCUCAGGCCCCACUCAGGACAGAAGGUACCAUCUAUUUCAGCCUUUUGUCACCUUUGCUUGGUCCCCAGGACUGGGCACUGCAGACAUCAGGCAUCCAGCCCAUCCAGGUGGCUGAUGUGAGCAGCCAGGGCUGGGGUGUUGACAGCAGGUUCUGCAGCGUCCUACCUUUGCCUGGCUGUUGCCCAUGGCGCCUUCUCCAGGGGUUUAUUGCUUGUAAGCACCCAGACCACUGGGUAGCUUCACUUCCCCUCCAUAGAGUUUAAGCCUUUGUAGGCCUCAUUUUUGGUUUAAAAAAAUCUGUUAAAGUUUUACUACUGAAUGCUUUUAUAGUAGGCAGCUCAUAGCACUUGUGCAGUUCUCAGGAGAGUGCUGCAGCCAAAUCGUCUAGGUCAUCAGCAGUUUCUUCUCUGGGGACAGUUGGCUGUUUGAAAUAAAAUAAGCAGUGGAAA